UUGGCAUGUUUGCGUGUAAUUUAGCGAAGAUAAGCGCUGCACCCCCAUUACUAUCAUGUCCCGUGUUUUUGUUUGGAUUUCUCCGCAUGUAUUUGCAAUGCCUAAUUGCGUUCAAAACAUAAAUGGGUGUUACUUUUAAGGUAAGUCUCCGCCCAGGGGGAGUAGCAGCGCUCCAUCCACCUGCCAGACCACUUCAGCAGCAGACAGUCAGUGGACUUAAAGCGCGCUCGCUGCUGCUGCUGCUGCUGCUGCAUACACGAGACGCGUUGAAAAACUCCGGGCGAGAGGGGAUACGCGCGCUUCAUUUGAGCUGCCACGGAAUCACAGUCACAUAAAUUAGUUUAAAGGAGCUACUACUUUGAGGACACGUGUAUGCAGUUACUUUUGACUGGACGCAUUGUUUUGGUGUCUGUACGUUUUCUUUGCGCUGGAUUGCAAAUGAUUUGUACACCGGGACACACAGGAUCGAUUGUGACGGACGUCUUGUAGGACCGAAUAAAUCUCUUGUGGGUCUUUGGAUAAAGUGAUCAUGCAGGGAGCCGGGACUUUGGUGCUCGGGACCCUUCUGGUGUCUGUGUUCUCAGCUGUCUCGGUCCACAGCAGCCCUUUGUCUUCCCUGCCAACCGCUUCUGCUCCACGAGUCUUCCUGUCCUUCAAAGAGCUGAAGUCUACUGGAACUAUCCAUCACUUUGCCUUUCUGCUCAACUCGACGGACUACAGAAUCCUUCGUAUGGACGAGGACCAUGAUCGCAUGUACGUGGGCAGCAAGGACUACAUCCUGUCACUAGACCUGAACGACAUCAACAAAGAGCCCCUCAUAAUUCACUGGCCCGUGGCUCCUCAGAGGAGGACUGAGUGUGUCCUCUCAGGAAAAGACAUCAAUGGCGAGUGUGGUAAUUUCAUCCGUCUAAUCGAGCCGUGGAACAGGACUCACCUGUAUGUGUGCGGGACGGGAGCUUACAACCCCAUCUGUACCUAUGUGGACAGAGGUCAAAGGGCACAGGGCAUGCUCCAAGAUCAGAUGCCUCGCGCGGGAGGCCGAACCAGUCGAGCCGCAGACCCUAGUGCUUCACCAGAACCAUACGCACCCAAGAAUGAUGAUGGAGGACACUGCUGUCUGGUAAAUAAGUGGAGUACCUUCCUGAAGGCUCGGCUCAUCUGCUCUGUGACUGGCUCUGAUGGCAUUGAGACACAUUUCGAUGAGCUUCUGUGGUCUAAUACUGUGUCUACCACCUCUCUUUUUGUUUCAACGCAUGGAUUCUUGUCUUUCUGCAUCUCUAGGUCUGUGUUUAAAGGUUCAGCAGUAUGUGUGUAUUCAAUGGCUGAUGUCCGCAUGGUCUUCAAUGGUCCUUUCGCUCAUAAGGAAGGGCCAAACUACCAGUGGGUUGCCUACCAGGGUAAAAUUCCUUACCCCCGACCAGGAACAUGUCCAGGAGGGACGUUCACCCCCAACAUGAAGUCUACUAAAGACUAUCCUGAUGAGGUUAUCAACUUCAUGCGCAACCAUCCGACCAUGUUCAAUGCCGUUUAUCCAGUCCACAAGCGCCCCCUAGUUGUCCGUACUAAUGUGGAUUAUGAGUUCACCACCAUCACAGUGGACCAAGUGGCUGCAGCUGAUGGCAACUAUGAAGUGCUUUUCUUGGGAACAGAUAGAGGGACAAUUCAGAAAGUGAUUGUCCUGCCCAGAGAUGAUCUACAGACUGAAGAGCUGGUUCUGGAAGAGGUUGAGGUCUUCAGAGUUCCAACUCCAAUCACUACUAUGAAAAUUUCUCCAAAACGGCAACAGCUGUAUGUAAGUUCAGUGAUGGGCGUCACUCAUCUGGCGCUGCACAGGUGUGAUGUGUACGGAGAGGCCUGUGCUGACUGCUGCUUGGCCAGAGACCCUUACUGUGCCUGGGAUGGAAAGUCCUGCUCUCGCUACUCAGCAAACCAAAAAAGGCGGAGUCGGAGGCAAGAUGUGAAGUAUGGCAACCCUAUAAGGCAAUGCAGGGGCUAUAAUUCCAAUGCCAAUAAGAACACGUUGGAGACAGUGCAGUAUGGAGUAGAGGGAAGCACAGCCUUCCUGGAGUGCCAGGCCAGAUCUCCUCAUGUGUCAAUCAAGUGGCAUUUCCAGAAGGAGAACAGUGACAGGAGGAGAGAGAUCCGUUCUGAUGGACGCGUCGUUCGUACAGAGCAGGGUCUUCUCCUGCGCUCUCUCCAGCUCUCUGAUGGAGGGGUUUUCCAGUGCACCUCCACCGAGAAGAACUUCAAGCACACGCUGGUCAAACUUCAGCUGGUGGUCCUUUCGGCCCGCACCGUCAACACCAUCCAGACUGAAUCCACCGCUCCCGCCGUGCCGCCUUUCCAGUCCAGCACCUGGACGCCCAGCGCAGAGCAGUACAAAGACCUGCUGACCAUCCUCAGCCAGCCAGAGAUGGGCCUCAUCAACCAGUACUGCCAGGACUACUGGCAGAUGGGGGACGAGCCCGCAGCUCACGCACACAAGAAGGACCUCAAGGAAGUACAGAAAGACCUCCGGAAGCCACGAAACAGGAGACACCACAAGGAGCAGAGCAGCAUGGCUGAGACAUGAGACGGAAAAACAUCCCACUCCAUCCAAAUGAGCAAGACUCGAGGCUGACCUCAAGGUCUUUGACUACCAUUACACACAAGCGUAUACCCACAACCAUUAUGACUGAGGAGAAAAUAAACAAUACGGUUUUGAAAAUUCAUAGUAUUUAUUGUAGGCUGUACAUAGUUAGAUUCUGUGGAUAUCUUUGUAUGGAAACAGAGCAAAAAAAAAAAAGAAGAGACAAAAACGUUUUGUGUAUAGAUCUGUGCAAAUAUUUUGUUAUCAUUGUUACUUUUCUUCCAAUAUAUUUAUUACAACGGUAUUCGCAUAAUAACACACCAUGUGACCGUUAUCAUAAAACGUUAUGUACAUACCACUAACCGGAUAGUUGGAAUCUCUUAAUGGACAGUUUGACUGCACUUGAUGUUUUGAUACCAGAGGAAAGAUGGGACUGAAGCCAUUUGUACAUUUAGCGGACUUUUUUAGCCAAGCACAUGUUCUCAUUCUGCAGAUGUACGGCUAAAGAAUUUCUACAUAUAUUUGGUGCAUCUGGAAAAACACUUUAUCAUCAUCAGAAACUCAUCUUUUAAUCUUCUUGAUCUUCCAUAUGUUGCUAUGCUAAUGUGUGUUAAAUAUAAAGUCGUUUCUGUGUGUUACAUGUUUGGUUUAUUACUGAUUACAGCCUCCUGUACAGUAUGUGCAUCACUUUUUUUGUUCUUUUCAUUUAUAUAAAUAUGUACUAUUGCACGCAAAAAUUUCAAAGAGCUGUGGGUUCAAAACCCAUCCAUCUCUUUGCAAAGCAGAAUUGUUUUUAAAUAUGUACCUCUCCAGACAUUUUUAGUAAUAAGCAUCCAUGCAAGCACCUCUAAACACAUAAUAGGCAAUCAUUUGGAAGCAUUAAUCAUUUGGAGCUAAACUUUAGGGGGCUUGUUUGAGUUUGCAUGCAUUGUAUUUGUACUGUACAGAUAUGUAGUCAAAUUCUGGAUAUUGCUGUGUUGCUGUAUGGCCUUUGACAUAACGAAUCGAGAGAGAGAGAGACUGUUUUCUAAAGACAGAGGACUUUGCCGAACUAGUGAUGGAAUCGAGCACAAUUACCAGAUGUGUCUGUGUUGGCCUCCACUGUGUUUUCUCAACACACAUCGCAAACGGACUGUGUGAAAUGGUUGUUGUAAAUGUUUUUUUUUUUUUCAUUUGUAAGAUGUUAUUCAUCACUGUGGUUUGUCCCCUUGUUUUGUCUUUUUUAGGAUAUUCUAAUGUGAAAAAGAUCCUGAAUUAGAUCUUAUGAACAGUUAAUAUUAUAGUAUUGUAUUUUUUAUUUGUUUUGGGGUUUUUUUCAUCGUUGUUGUUGACUAAUUAAAGUUAUAUAUAUUUUAUAACAAAUACAGGUUGGCCUUUCUGCAUAAACGUUACUGGGUGAACCUAUACUUCCCUUCUUUUGCAGUCUCAGUGUAAAGAUUGAAAGAGACACUUGAAAGAGGUUACAGUGAAUAAGGCAAUAGGUUGUUCACUUUACACCAAAAGUAUACUAAGUUGGAAGUUCAAAUGUUGAUUUGCCUAUUUAAUUAACUGAGAAAAUAGUACAUUGUUUGGGAACUUUACAUUAGGGUCAUUCACAAGAUCGAGUGUGAUUUUGUAUUUUCUUUAAUACCGAUUACAAGAUUUUAUGCUGCAUUAUUUCACCUCUGCCAUUCAUUUCACCUUUCUGUCAUUCACAAAAGUAAGAGAAAAAUGGCUAAAACUUUCGCAACUAGCAAAUGUCAUGACACCAUAACACAUUUCUAAUUAAUAUUUGUGUACCUUCUGCCAAGAAAAAAUUCUGAUCACUGAAUAGAACAAUAAAAAAACUUUAAAAUCUCAGCUUUAUUUCAAAUUUAUUUUUGCAUUACAAAC